AUGGCACCAAAUCACACUCAGUUACAGAAUCUAGCCCAGAAAGCUAAUGAGUCCUUCAAAGAAUAUGCGCAGAAAUGGCGCGAGUUGGCGGCUAGGGUCCAGCCACCUAGGUUGGAAAGAGAGAUGAUGGACUUGUUCACCAACACUCUGGAGGGCCAAUAUUACUCCGCCUGCUCUGCAUCCUCAAGUUUUGCCGAAUUGGUUAUGAUUGGUGAACGAAUUGAAAGUGGAAUUAAGUCUGGUAGAAUACAGAAUCCAAGUGCUGCUAGUUCUCCCUCUGGGGCAGGAGGAAAAAAACCAUACAAUGGAUUUGCUAAGAAGAGACUGGGUGAAACGAAUGCUGCUUACUAUGGUAAAGGCAAAGGCCAUGCUUAUCAACAAGUAGCCGCUGUGACCAUACCGAAUACUCCUCUUCAACAACAACAACCACAGCAGAGGUAUCCUCCGCGUCAGUAUCAGCAAAUGCCGAAAGCACCAAGAAAUUUUGAUCCCAUACCCAUGACAUAUGCACAACUACUUGCUCAUCUUUUACAUCAUGAGUUGGUGCAACUCCGUACCAUGGGCCCUCCACCUGCUAAGCUCCCUCCUAACUAUGAUGCUAAUGCUCACUGUGAGUUUCAUUCUGGGGCUGCUGGUCAUGAUAUUGAACAUUUCAUAGGAUUCAUGCAUAAAGUGCAAGACUUGCUUGAUUCAAAAGCUAUUGAGUUUACCCCUACUCAAGGCCCUAACGUUGUACAGAACCCUAUGCCUCCUCACGAAACUCAUGCUGCAAAUGCCAUCGAGGUUGUUGAAAACGCUCACUUGGUCAAGGAUGUGACCGAAUUGGGCUCUCUGUUACUAUUGUUGAAGAAAGAAUUAUUGAGGAUGGGUCUAUAUUCUAGUUGUGGAGAAUUAUGUACUGAUUGCAUGGCCAUUUCCUCAGUUUGUGAUAAGGUGAAAGGUGGGAUCCAACAGUUGAUGGAUACGGGGUAUUUACAGUUUGAGCGUGUGCAACGUCCUGAAAUAGUCAAGAGUGAAGUCAAUGUGGUAUCCAUCCCGUAUACUCCUGCUAAGAUUCCAGUUCCUGCCAGAGCGCCGCCCUUGGUCAUUACGUUGCCUGGUCCCGUUCCGUAUACUAGUGAAAAAGCAAUCCCAUGGAAUUAUGGCGGAGAAGUUUUCUACCAAGGGGCCAAGUAUGAGAUUAAAAUUCCGGCUGGGAAAGAAGAUGUGGAUAAUGUUGUUGGCAUUGGAAGAAUGACAAGAAGUGGUCGUAUUUUCAAUCCUCCCCAGAAUACUCGCGAUGACAAUACAGAAGCUCUAGCUCAAGCAAAAGGGAAAAGAGUGGUAGAAGAUACGGUGGAUCAGGGGCAAAGCUCUAAUUCUAAAGAUACUGUGGCUAAAGAGAUGGAAGAGUUCCUAAAAAUCAUCAAGAAAUGUGAGUAUAAAGUGGUUGACCAGUUGAGUCAAACUCAAUCAAAGAUUUCGAUCUUGCAGUUGCUCUUGUGUUCGGAAACACAUCGAAAUGCUUUGUUAAGACUUUUAAGUACUGCUUUCGUCCCUCCAGAGAUCUCAGUGAAUCAACUUGAAGGGGUGGUGUCAAACAUCAAUGCUGGUAAUGGAUUGGGAUUCACUGAUGCAGACUUGCCCUCCGAAGGUAGAAACCACAAUAGAGCUUUGCAUAUAUCAGUUGAAUGUAAAGGGACUAUGUUAUCUCGUGUUCUCGUGGAUAAUGGAUCUUCUCUGAAUGUAUUACCGAAGUCGUCUUUGAUAAGGCUAGAUUAUUUUGGUGUCGAGAUAAGGCCGAGUGAAUUGACAGUGAGAGCCUUUGAUGAGUCAAAGAGAUCAGUAUUUGGGGAGGUUGACUUGCCGAUAAUGAUAGGUCCUCAGCUCUUCACUAUUACUUUCUUUGUGAUGGAUAUCUACCCGUCUUACAGUUGUCUCCUGGGACGUCCAUGA